CUGAGAAACAUUUCAUUUGGUCCAUUUGUGAAAUUAACCGCCCAUGUUUACGUUAAGGAUCAGUCGGCACCAUACGAUUCGAAGAAAGACUGUUGGAUUCCAGAUAAAGAUGAGGGCUAUAGAGCAGCGCAGAUCGUGACGACAAAAGGAGAUCAAGUGACCGUUAAUGUGGCUGGAACGGAGAAGACUGUCAAAUCGGAUUUCAUCAGUCAAAUGAACCCACCGAAAUUCGAAAAGACCGAAGACAUGUCGAAUCUAACGUUCCUCAAUGACGCAUCCGUUCUGCACAACCUUCGAGCGCGUUAUGCAGCUAUGCUCAUCUAUACUUAUUCGGGUUUAUUCUGUGUUGUAAUCAAUCCAUACAAACGUCUUCCAAUCUACACGGAUUCAGUGGCGAAUAUGUUUAUGGGUAAACGUAAAAACGAAAUGCCACCUCAUCUGUUCGCAGUAUCUGACGAGGCAUAUCGCAGUAUGCUACAGAAUCAUGAAAACCAAUCAAUGCUCAUCACUGGUGAAUCUGGUGCUGGGAAAACUGAAAACACCAAAAAGGUGAUCUCGUAUUUUGCAUUUGUCGGAGCAAGUCAACAAGCACAGCUCGGCAAUGGUGCUGCGUCAACAGAUACUGACGGUAAAAAAAAGGUAACGCUAGAAGAUCAAAUCGUGCAAACAAAUCCAGUGCUUGAGGCAUUCGGAAAUGCACGAACGGUCAGGAAUAAUAAUUCAUCACGAUUCGGAAAAUUUAUUCGAAUUCAUUUCUCGAAACAAGGACGGGUAGCAUCAUGUGAUAUCGAACAUUAUCUCUUGGAGAAGUCGCGUGUAAUCCGACAAGCGCCAGGCGAGCGAUGCUACCAUAUCUUUUAUCAGAUGACAUCAGACUUCAAACCAGAACUGAAACCAGCUCUUCUAUUGGACAAGCCAUUACGUGAAUAUUGGUUUGUUGCCCAAGCCGAACUUACAGUAGAUGGGAUGAACGACACUGAAGAGUUUAAACUGACUGAUGAGGCAUUCGAUAUUCUACAUUUCACUGAAGAAGAAAAAAUGAAUUGUUACAAGUUGAUGUCUGCACAUAUGCAUAUUGGCAAUAUGAAAUUCAAGCAACGUCCACGAGAGGAACAAGCUGAACCCGACGGCACUGAUGAAGCCGAAAAGCGGAAAUGUACGGCGUUUCGGCAGACGAAUUNCAAAGGCCAGAAUGUGGAGCAAGUGAACUGGGCUGUUGGUGCGAUGGGCAAGGCAAUAUAUGGAAGGGUUUUCAACUGGUUGGUUAAUAAGUGCAAUCAAACGUUGGAUCAGAAGGGUGUUGCAAGAGACUACUUUAUCGGUGUACUGGAUAUCGCAGGAUUCGAGAUCUUCGAUGUGAGUACCGAUAAGGGCAAUGUACAACAACUGAGCAUGACUGACGCUAACAACAGAAUCAUUCAAGGAAAUACAGGAAACUUUUCUACAGAGUACUAUUGA